CUACUGAACACCUGCUACAGUACAAGCACAAGUUUACAACUACUGAAAGGCUGAAAGCAUUAAAAUGGAAGACGAUUUGGAGUAUUCUAUCACUUUUCCAUCGCCUGAUGUGUCGAACGAUGAGUUUGAGUCUGCUUUGCACUCAAACGGCAAAGAAACUGUUGUCAUUUUGCUAGGCUGGGCUGGGAGCAGCGAUAAACAUUUGGCCAAAUAUAGCGCAAUAUAUGAACGGCGAAGGUGCAUCACGAUCCGCUACACACUGUCGAUGGAGCUGCUAAUGUUCACGCCGCACAAGGUGCGCACGCUGGCUGAGCGCGUCAUAGAGCUGGUCGCCGACCUCGCGCUCGAUGAUAACCCCAUCAUCCUCCACCUGUUCAGCAACGGCGGCGGCGCCGUGUACCGCGAGAUCGCCGCCAUACUGCACGAGACGUCGCCGCCGCGGCUACGCGUAGUCGGCUGCGUGCUCGACAGCUCGCCGGGCGACUCCACGUCGGCGUUCGGCGUGCGCGCGGGCGUGCGAGCCGCGUACGCGGGCGUCGACGCCACCGGCACCCUUACGCGGUGCCUGUACGCGUGCGCGGCGCUCGUGCUGCUGCUGCUCGUGCAGCUGGCCGGAUUCCUCGCGCGGCUCGUCGGCGCCGCGCCGCCGGCGCGCACGACCUACUACGACGCGAUGAAGAACGACGCGUCGCGCUGGCCGCAGCUGUUCCUCUACUCGCGAGCGGACGAGCUGAUCGACCACCGCGCGGUGACGGCCGUCGUCGAGCGUCGCCGCGAGCUCGGCGUCCCCGUGCGCGCCGUGUGCUGGGAGGACUCGCCGCACGUGCGCCACCUCGUCGCGCACCGCGAGGCCUACGUGAACGCCGUCUACCAGUUCACGCAGGCCUGCCUGAGCGACGACGACGAGGCGCACCAGUCGGCCGCGCGCUGAGCUUUUUCGACGGAUGAUAGCGUGGCUGUUCAUUGCUGGCCGCUCAGCGAGUGCGGGUAGCGAUGAGUGUGGGGGAUAUAAUCGAAUGUGGCCGUGUUGGUGAUGUGCGAAAUUCCGAGCUUUUUUUUGCCUCGCACGCGAAAUGUGUUUGUUAGUUUGCCUUCGUGAUGCCUGAUCGAUUGCUUUAUGGUUAACAGAUUAUUUUGCUGUAGUGACACGUACAUUUCCUUUCAAAUUUAUGUGAAAUUCUAUUUCUUGAGUGUAAUUCCGUCCAGCAUGUGUGUGGCAAGAGUGGUUAGCUACUGUGGUGUAUUUUGUGAAACAUGGGUUAAACUGUGUGAAGUACAGUAUUUUUUGAUGUGAUGGGAAAGGACAUCCAAAUGCUCUCAUGUUGCCAAAACAUCUAUUAUUGUCAUUCGAUUAACAGGAAAACGUCACCUAAACGAGUACCCUCUGAUCAAUGACUAUGUCCGCGGUUACUCUCCUAGCAAGCUACUUCUAUUUUCAUAAACCCACACGAUACAUUCCACAUGUAGAGAAAAAUACGGUAACAUAAUGUGUGUUGUUUAUUAAUUUAUUGUUCGUACAUUACAAUGUAGUCAUUUGUUUAAUAUUGAGACAGUUAUAGCUUAUCUGUGAUUACUAAACUGUUUGUUACGAGGGUGUAUAAUGUAUGGUCGUUGUGUAGGUGUCACGCUGCACACGUUUGAUAUUGUAAAAUUGGCUGUGAGUGUGAGCAUGUUGCUUACAUGAACUGGCCUGUAUAUGUGAAAAAGAACGUU